GUAUUUUAGGAAUCGAGACCUUCAAGAUGGCGCGCCGAGAUUUCCAGCUCACAGGCAGGAGGGUGGAGGAGAGAGGAAACGAGGAGGCAAACAGAGAAAUAAGAGCUGCAGCAGUUCCUCAACUGGCUACUCCGAAAGCCUGAUGGACAGUUGAUCAUGGGGCGCAUGCGCCAUCGUAUUGAAAACUCAGCCAAUCCAGUACGAGAAACACCGCUGUAUCAUUUGCAUCGUGCGCAUAUAAAAGAGGCAUCCCGAGACCCUCAUCCUAUAGUUUCGUCCAGAGACAAGAUGCCUGACCAACCCAAAAUCUCGAAGAAGGGCUCCAAGAAAGCCGUGUCGAAGACCGUCACCAAGACCGGCAAGAAGAAGAGAAAGACCAGGAAGGAGAGCUAUGCUAUCUACGUCUACAAGGUCCUGAAGCAGGUCCACCCCGACACCGGGAUCUCCUCUAAGGCCAUGGGCAUCAUGAACUCUUUCGUCAGCGACAUCUUCGAGCGCAUCGCCGGUGAGGCCUCUCGUCUGGCUCACUACAACAAGCGCUCCACCAUCACCUCCAGGGAGAUCCAGACCGCCGUCCGUCUGCUGCUCCCCGGUGAGCUGGCCAAGCACGCCGUGUCUGAGGGCACCAAGGCCGUCACCAAGUACACCAGCUCCAAGUAAACCGACUGCUGAGCAAACUAAAAGGUCCUUUUCAGGACCACCCACCUCUAAACUAAGCGCGUUUUUCCUACUGUUUGGUGCGGUAUUGUCGCGAAUAAGGAA